AUGAUAAAACUUUGGAACAAGAUCGCCAGAAAGAAAACGAAAAAGUUGGAGGUUACCGCAGUAGAGAUUUGCGCAGAAAUGGAAUGUCCCGACGGUGGAUAUGGUUGGACUAUUUGCAUCGCAGCGGCGAUUUGCCAGUUUAUCAUCAUGGGUAUUCACAACAACUUUGGGAUUUUAUAUACUUACUUGAUGAAGGAUUUAAAGGCAGAUCCUACAGAUACCGGUGAGUUAUCACAAUGUGAUCUAUAUUAACUUUAUUAAAGCCGGCUAGUAGUUACGUAACCUCAGCAGAAUUUCUGAAAACCAAACUCUCUCGCUUUUGGAUCAUUUUCACCCUUGCUUCCUAAACUUCAUCUGUUCAGUAUUUGAUCCGAAGAUUGCUGAACACAUUUCUGAACUUAGGGAUCUAAGAGAUCGCGUGUUGUCAGUAGUGGUUAAAAUCAUUAUAAAGUUUGCUGUCGACAAAUAGCGCAGUAACUUAAUAUUAUACGUGCACGCAUAUAUCGUACGUCUACAAAAAUGCAUCAUAGUCUGUGGUGAAUCCCACAGAAAUUGCAUUGUGCUAUGAUCCACAGUGUUAGCUUGACCUGCAGGUCGAGAACUCGAAAACUAACCUGACUUCAACCCUGUUUUGUGAGCCAAGAGUCAUGAAAAGAGCGUUUAAAAUAGGACCGAGAAAGUUUUUUGUUUUUCCUGUUUCAUUUUGGUGAACAUCAUGACUGUUUGGGUCUCAUGACAAACUAACAAGUUCUUUUACUGAGUACAGCAUUGAGACUAAUGAUGUCCAACGUUUCCAAGGGGGCUACACGCAAUCAUCAUCAAGAUUAUCGAGGCAAAGUGACUGUUUCUUUUUAAAUUUAAUUGACUUAAUUGAAAACAAUAGUAAAGAACCUUUUGCUUCUUUUGUGUUCAUGUCAAUAACAGCGAGGAUAUCAACAUUUCGUUAAUGCAUUAAACGUGAACACUGAUUUCUUGCAGCUUUUUUCAGGGCUAAAAAAUUGUUAUUCAAUUCUGUUUUGACAUCCUGUGCUAAUCGUUCAUAUUCUAGCCUGACGAGCCCCUAAGAAGGUAAGAACGUCUGCGUAGGAGGUUAUUCAGUUUAAGUUUCUUGCCAAUUAAGGAAUUCAGUAAAACCUUGCUGAUUUGGCAACAUGUUGAUGACUUUGAUGAGGAGGGGUAUGUUAUGAAAGUGACGGACAUAUAUAUUAUCUUAUUUGGAAAUGAAGACGCAACUCGUUUUUGGAGGUGAUUUUUGGUUUCGGUUUCUUAGGGUUUUAAAACACCCCCGGAUUUUCCGGGAUCGUGAACCAGAUUUAUCAGACAAAAAGGAGUUGUGUAUCAGUUUAAAUGUGUAUCUGUGUACAAAAAGUGUUUGCUCAGUGAGUUGGCUUUUGUUUAGCCUGUUCCGGCCAGGUGCUCAGAAAGUCGGAAGUGGAAGUCAAGGUUGUACAAAUGAUGUACAAAUGUGUUAACAAUUUAGUGCCAGCAUGUAUUAGCUGUAAAAUAGGGAAGCCAUCCAAUGCGCACGCUUACAAUCUCCGCAACAGUGAAGAUCUAAACCUGCCAGGAUGCCGGACAGCGGCUGCCCAGAGUGGCUUCUUUUAUAGGGCAGCAAAAGCGUGGAAUAGUCUCAGUAACAACACUAGAACUGUCCGAUCAUUAAGAUCAUUUAAAAAGCAUGCAGAGGCAGAAUUAAUGAAGAAAUAGGAUACCGGUAUACAUAUCAUAGUAUUUUAUUACAUUGUUAGUUAUUAUUAGAAGUAGUAAUUUUAAGUUGUUAUUUAUAUAUCAAGAACAUGUAUAUCAUUAGUUUUAGUUGUAUUGUAUAUACAUAUUGUAAAUUAAUUCUGAAAAGCCCCUUGGGGAGAAUUAAUAAAAGUUUUGUAUUGUAUUGUAAGGUUAAAUGUUAGCAAAAAACUAGAGGAAAAUUGGCGCUCUCCCCGGUCUCCGCUAUUUUUUUCGCCCUCACUCCACUGUUUGAAUGCCUGUAACAUCCCUGAUUUUGUUUAAAGCUGCCUUAUAGCUUAUGGCUGACUUUAAAUUUAGUGCUUGAUCUAAACAUAGCUCAGUUUUUUUUAAGGGACAGGUUCACAGUUCAGCGCAUGCUCCGUAUAUCAGAAUGCUGUUUUUCUGUCGGGACAUGCUGUAUCAUCUAUGCAAGCAAUAUGAUCAUGUCAUAGUGUUGUCAAAGAACCAAUCUGCACACUCCCCUGGCAGUCACUUGCACUUGACUAACUUAAAUAUUUGCAAAUAGCUGUAAAUUAAUCAACCAUGGAAUAAAACCAUCGGGUCAACAAUAAAUUCAACAUUGUUAGUGUUGGCAUAAUCCCCUAUUUUUUUUCGGCGAUUUUAGUACUCCACCAUGCUACUUCAGGUUACCCUGAAUACAAUUCUACUUUGAAAUACACUCUGAGAUCGCUGAGAUACAUGUGAGUGGGAUUAUUAACCGUGAAUUAAUGAUAAAUUGGAAAGAAGUAAUUUAGUUAAUGAGCAUGCGCUUAACCGUGAACCUGUUUUUCUAAGUAUGAGGGAUUUUUUAGAUUUGAUACUCUUCUUUGGCGAAUGUUAUUUCAACAGACCCGUCCACGGUUUUUUUCAAGUCAGUUAUGACAGACCAGUUAGCGAAUAUCCAUUGACACUGCUUGAAAGAGCGCCUUUAAAAUGGAAAACUCACCAAGUUUUAAGGUGAUACAUUAAUCGCCAAAUUUUACGUUUGUAUGGUUUGUAUGAUGGCGCGAACUUGCCCCCCUCUGGCAUGCAUACAAACGUCUAAAACAUUGAGCGAAUCUUCGUUAGUUUUUCAACAAAUCACGUUAAAACUUGACAUCUUUAUUAAUUUUAAGGCCUUCGUUUCUUUAACUGGUCCCGGUCAAACGUCGAUGAAACCGUGGAAUAGUUUUAAAAAUACCCCGAUCCAAAUGUUAUUAUGACAGAAUUCGACUUUUUACGUUUCAGCAUGGAUUGGUUCAAUUGCGUUUGGUGUAAACUUCCUUUUCGGUCCAGUAGCGAGCAGUUUGUGUCAAAGAUUCAGCUGUCGCCCUGUAGCUGCAGCGGGUGGUCUUAUUGCAGUCCUCGGUUUCUUGAUGACGUCAUUUGCUAAUAGUGUCUACAUCAUGUACUUCACCUACAGUGUUGUCUGGGGAUUUGGUUCUUCUUUAAGCUUUGCUGCAACUACUAUUGUAUUGGGUGAGUUCAACAUCCACUUAUCUAGUACAUAUCAUUUCGAAUGUGCCACGUAUAAAUGGUAUUCGAGUCAAUUAUCGCAUGAAAUUUGUCCUUAAAAUGGCUUCAUGAUCAGCUCCGAGGCGGUUCCUGUGGCUCAGUGGUAGAGCAUCUUAACAGGUAACCAGAAGGUAAUAGCGUCGACUACUGUUUGGAAGACUCCAAUUUCCCUUUUUACGAGUCGAGCUGUUUCACUGACUUAGAAAACAUCAUUCUCAUACUGUCGCAUUGUUAAUAAGUUGCAGUUUCUUCCUUAGUAGCGUAAAAAAAACCCUGGGCAAUGUCGCUUUGUUCACUUGUUGUUGUAUGCUAUACAGCCUAAACGACGCAAAACCACUGCGGCGACAUAUAAUGUAGGAAACCUGCAAUAUAUUGACGCAAAUGUGCCACAUGCACGCGCAGUUUAAGCUAGUUAAGUCGCGCUAGAUGAUGGUCUAGUUAAGUCCAGAGAGGAUAUUUCCCCAAGAAGGGCCCCUGUACUAAUUACAUUUUACAAUAUGUUCGUACAGGUCAGUACUUCGACAGGAAUCUUGCGUUGGCCAAUGGUAUUGUUACUGGUGGAAGUGGUGUCGGAGCGAUAGCAAUGGGACCCUUUUAUCAUCUGGUAUUGUCAAACCUCGGCUGGAAAAUCAUGCUAAGAAUUCUUUGUGGAUUCGCCUUUCUCAUGUUUGUGAGCGCACUAUUCUACCGUACCCUCCCUGCCAAGUAUAAACGCGCCCACAUAGGCCGAAAUGAGAGACCCAAGCUGUUUGACUUGUCCGUGUGGAAGAUAAAGCCGUUCAUGUUUUGGGCUGUGGCCAUGUGGCUGAUACAUAUUGGCUAUUUUGUUCCCUUCAUUCACUUGGUGAGCAAACGAAUAGUAAAUAUAACAGACUGAUAAUCGAUUGAACGGCUUUUUAAAAUUUUCACUUUUUUCCAGACGUAGGAGGAAAUAAGUAGUCUCCCCUGUGAAAGUUACAAAUAUUUUUUGUUCACUUUCACCAAAGUAAAUUUGAAGUAGAGACAAGCAAGAAUCCAGGAUUUGCUUUGCUUUGACGUUCUCGAGCUACUGCGCAUUUUUAUGCCCAUUUUUUCGAUAGUUUGUUCGUCAGUUUCCACAAAUCAGUUGAACACAGACGAACGCACUUCUUAAUUAACAGAGUAGUCAAUGAUUAACGAGAUCGGCUCUUCAUAGUACACUGUGCCAGAAAUUAAACUUGAUCAAUAAAUUUUUCUUCAAUCCUGUUCUUGCUAAAAAGUUUUUGAGGUGGUGUGUAAACAGUCCUCCGAAAUGUUGGUCCUUUCUUUUUACCGCUAAUUUAUCACAUGUUGAUUUUUUUUUUCAGCCUAAUUACGCUGAAAUUAUUCAUAUACCUGAGUCUAAGGCCUCCUUGCUAAUAGGGUAUCUUUCCAUUGCUUCUACACUGUCACGUGUCCUGUUUGGUCUUGUGCUCAAUCAUCUAAGAAUUAAUCGUUUCCAUGUUUUACAGGUAUGUAAAGAGAUGUUACCAUGGCGACUGUACCUAGUCCCCACGCAAAAAAGAGAAAUCUAUUUAUUAUAUAGAUACUGAUGAAAUACCAGGAUUUUUCCUCCACCUAAAAAAUCAUAUCUUCAUCGCGCGCAGUGGAGAUACUAUUUUUAUCUUUCACGUGUCAGGAUAUUAGUGUCGCCAUGGUUACUAAUAUGAUUAGCCAAUUACAAGAAUUACAAGAGUUUCAAGACGUUGUGUUUUAUGUAGGAAUUUCAUCAGUAUCUAUAAAAUAAACAGAACAUUACAUGGCCGCUUGGGGAUACGAAUUUUAUCUUCUCGUGCUAUAAGUAUCUCUUACUCGUUCGCUUCGCUCACUCGUGAGAGAUAUUUCCAGCACUCGAAGAUAAAAUUCGUAUCCCCGCGCGGCCAUGUAAUAUCCUCUAUGUGUAAACUGAGUCGACCUGAUAUCCAGCAUUAAUAAACUGCUUGAGUUAAUUUCAUUAGGUUCUGUAAGUCUCUAGUGUUAAAUUGAAUAAUUAUUUUGUGAAAGCAUAUUGCCGCCUGUUGUUGCAGUUAUGACGGGAAAAGAGUUCGAAAAAUUUAGUCGAAGCUCUCCCUACGACCACUCUCGUAAGCGACCAGCUCUAGUUACUACCACCUAUGUGACUACCCUGUUUGAACUGUGACUUAAACUUUGUAAUGAAAAGCUCACGUAAGCGAUCGCGACUACUUUUGGGAUUACCCAACUGGACUUUUCUUUUGUUUUUAAGCUCUCGUAAGCGACCACUCAGGGUCUUACUCAUAUAAAUCAAAACUUAAUUAGUGAAAAUGCACACUGCAGUUAUUUGUAAAAGCUCAAAGUCAUUUCCGUAGCCACCACAUAGCCUACGUGGCAACAACCACUCACAGAAUGAUAAACGUGUUUCUGAACCUCCGUAAGCGACUACCCUCUGUCGUUUUACCAUGCGGUAGCUUACGAGAGCUCAUUCUCGUAAGCCACCAGCUCUUGUUACGAGCACGUUUUCGAAUUUCCGGGUGGUCGCUUUCGAGAGCUUCGACUGUAUUUAUUCAUUUGUUACUGUGGACCGCGUUAUUGUUGCUUUAUUAGGGUUCUAAUGAACCAACUGGUACUCGGGCAACGAGAACUGUGGAACAUACGUUAAUAGAGGCCUCUGUCAGUCUCGAACCUAGUCUCCGAUAACUUUUCUAGCUAUAAAAUGAAAACUGUAUAGUUGAAAGAAAUUUACUUGAUUUUAUAAGCGUACAGCUCAACAAAACAGUGAAACAUGGUGCUAGUGAAGACACUAGUGAUCAGUUGGAGAAAGAAAUGAUAUUAGAAUUAUUAUACGUUUCUGGGAAACUUCCCACCUACCCCUCCCCGCAACCCAACAUUAACUCUAACUUUUCAACUAGGGCAAAAUGUUGGCUUAGGGGACGGGUAGGUGGGCAGUUUCCCAGAAACGUAUAAUGAUCUUGAUAUGAUUGCCUUUUUCUUUCAGUUUGCCUUUAUGAUGAUGGCUAUUACAUGUACACUAUGUCCGCUGGCACGAGAUUACACAGGGCUCAUACUAUAUGCUGUUGGCUUUGGAAUGUUCGACGGAUGUUUUAUUUUGCUUAUCGCUAUUACCACCUGUGAUUUAGUCGGACCUGAAAGGCUACCACAAGCCUUAGGAACUCUGUAUGGGGUUGUAUCACUUCCUAUUAUAUUUGGACCACCCCUGGCAGGUACGUUUGAUCUUUCUUUUGCAAGGGAGUGUCCAUAG